AUGACUUCGCUGUCGAUUUCCUCUCCCUCGUGUAGAUUCGGUCCCCUGUAUUGCAGAUGCGUGCCUUUUGAAAUCCCCGAGCUCGACGAUGUGAAGAAGGCGUCGGAUACUGUCGAGCGCACAAUUCAAGUCUGCGAUCGGAAUCGAUUGCUUCAGAUCGCGGAUCGGGUGCGGGGAACGCAGGCGACUGUUGACGAGAUCAAAGCUGUGCUUAAAGAGUUCCUCACCCAGCAGUUGAUGAAGACCAAAUGGCUCCAGGAAAUCCUGAUGCAAAUCCCACGGUACAAGGCGGAGUCUACCAAGCCCCGAGCAUACAUAUCUCCCGGGGAAAUUAUCCACGCCCUGGAAGCGGCAUUCCCCUCGGUCCUGUCGUCCCCAGAUGAUAGUGAUGCAACGACCCACCGACCCCUGCAGCGAGUGCUACAAGCCGGCUUCUCCAUGGCAGGACCGGACCAGCAACGAGCGAGCUGGACGAUCUCCGACCCCAAAGUCUACGGGUGGUUCAAAUCCCGGCACUCGCGCGCGCUCGUCGUCCACGGAAACUGCGCCCUGCAACGGAUCAGCCCCCUUUCCUUUUUCUGCGCGCUGCUGAUCGAGAGCCUGCAGAGCCUCGGGCCCAUCAUCGUCUCGCACCAUUUCUGCGGGUUGCACCCGCCGUCCGACCACCGCGACGUCGGGUCCGCGGGCUCCAUCUUGAUGCCCGUGCUUCUGCAUCAGCUCCUGCGGCAGUGGACGUUCGGGGAACUCGAAUGUCUCAGCGUCGACGACGCCCAGGCCUUCCGGGGUUCGGUCUCGAACCUGACGCCGGACUUUCUCGUCUCGAUCUUGCGCAAACUGAUCAAAGCCCUCCCGCGCCGGCAGCCGGUCUUUUUGAUCCUCGACGGGAUCAAUUACUACGAGACGCGCGAAUUCGGCUGGGAGACGAAGCGCUUGGUCAAGAAGCUCGUCAAGCUGCUCGGGGCGGGAGGAGCGCUGUACAAAUUACUGAUCACGAGUACCACCCGCGUGCUCGAUAUCGAUGAGUAUUUUGAGAAUGAUGAAAAAUUGUAUGUGCCCGUCGAACCGACCCCGCGGGGAGUGGGCGCUGCGAAUCAACAGCUGAAACGGAGAUUCACUUUUGGGCGGUCGACCAAAAAUCCAUAA